AUGGCGACUGCCAAGCGGCGCGACGAGCGCCGGAUUUUUGAACACUUUGUUAUCGCAGGAUUAAAGAAAGAUGCCGAACACAUCAGACCGACCGCACAAGAAUGUGGGCGGAGAAACACGGAACCGCUGGCGCCGAUCACCGACAUUUGCGUCAUUUUCCCGGAUCAAGGGGAGACGGUUCCCGACGGUUUUGAGAUGAUCCACUCGACCCCGCUAGCCUACCGUGCCGAUCUGAACCACGGGUCUUUUUUGCGAGGCGCUUCUUGUUUCCUGUGUUUCCGAAGGGGCUAUCAUAAGCCGCCAUUGAUAGACAUUGGGGUAUUAGACAAAGGACGUGGGGAGAAACCGAUGGUGGAUUCGACGACCGUUUUGACAACACCGUUCGGCCGGACGGCAAACGUCAAUAAUUCCUCUAAUGGCAUCUUCCUCACCUACCGUCGGGCACCCGCCAACAGCGCGCCCAGCCAGUUGGUCGUCACGCACAUUUCUGUGAUCAUUGCCAGCAAGGGCGAAAUCCCUCCGCACACCUACUACAAGAUCCCGAAAAAUUUGAACAAGGGGUUUGUCGGCUCCGAGGUCUACAUUUGCUAUAAGAAAUCGUUGGGCUCGGCAAAGCGGUUAGCCUACAAGCCUGCCAUUCUCGAUUACUUCCCGAAAAAGGCGCCUACAGACGAUGAAGAAGACGGUGAGCGGAAUUUGCUGGAAAACGUGCCCCUGUUUUGCCUGCCUAUGGGAGCAUUAAUUGAAUGUUGGUCGAACAAAUGUCAAACUCCCGAGCGUCAAUAUUCAACGUUUGUGCUCACUGACGAGAUGAAUCAAAAAUACUACGGCGCUUCCGUGACCUUCUACGAGAAAUACACCGGUGAUUUGAGUCCGGAGCAGCGGGACAAACUCGGGGUCGAAAUUCCGGAAAACGAGGAGGUUGGCGGUGCGAUGGACGAUACGGCAUCGGCAAAUGACCCGGCUGAGCAGUUUGCCUUCCACACAAACCUGUCAAUAUGCAUCGUCUCGCGCUACCCGUUCUUCCAUCCCUUCAAGCGCUUCUUGUUCUACAUCCAUCGGAUGGCCCGCGCAAGUAAUACGAUACACUCCGUGCCCAUUGAGCGGUAUAUUUCGCAUAUGAUGUACGAAGUCUCGUUCCCCACCCUGCGAAGACCGCGUGUUUUGAUGCAGCUCGGCGCGGAAAUGGUUACAUUUGAGGCCCAGGACGAGCAGCAGCUGCCUCAGUAUGGAGCCGCUCUGUUCGAGGCGCUAAAGAGCCUCGGCGUCGAGAGCACGUUGUACCUCUUUUUGCUGGCGCUGCUGGAGCAGAAGAUUUUGAUACACUCGUUGAGGCCGUGGCUGCUGACGGCGGUGGCGGAAACCGUGUGCACGCUGAUGUUCCCCUUCCAUUGGCAGUGUCCGUACGUGCCGCAGUGCCCGCUCAGCUUGGCUGGCGUCCUCCACGCUCCUCUCCCGUUCAUCGCCGGGGUCGAUUCCAGGUACUUUGACCUCUACGAAGACCCGCCCGUCGACGUCACCUGCUUCGACCUGGACACGCAGACGAUCAGCGGCAGCAAGACGCGCCACGAGAUCAAGCUCUCGAUGGUCCCGAAAAAGCCGUUGAAGAAGUUGCGCGCCUCGUUGGACGAGCUCAACAAGCUGAUUCAAAAGCAAGACUUCAACCUCAGCCAGCUGCAAAAGGGAGACUUUGUACGCACCGACGUCGAGCAGCAACUCCAGAUGAAAAAGAAGCAAAUUGAGAUUGGGAUCCAGGAGGCGUGUUUGAAGUUUAUGGCAUCGCUGAUGACGGGCUACCAAUCCUUCCUGCGCCCCAUCGUCUCCGCCCCGUCCAGCAAAUCGGCCACGGACACCGGCAACCUGUUCGAUGUCGAGGCCUUUCUGCGCACGCGUGACAAGGAGAAGCAAGAUUUCUACCGGCGCUUCUGCUCCACCCAGUCGUUCAUCCGCUUCAUCGAGGAGCGCUCCUUCGUCUCCGACAAGUCGGCCUACAACGCGUUUUUCGACGACUGCAUUCAGAAGAUGAUGUUGGCAGAUAUCUCGGGCGGCGAAAUUGGAGCCCUCCUCGAAAUGGACGCCUCUUUGACCUCGAACACCGUCUUCAUCCCGCCGCCCGAGCCGCUGCUCAACCUGGACGGCACGGAGCGCAGCUUCAAAUACACCGAAUUCCCGCGCCAGCUCGACCCGACCCUGUUCCAGCUCGACAAGCUGAACAUUGAGCAGAACACUGAGCCACUGCAAAUUCCGGUGGAAAAGGAAUUCGGGAGAUGCGCAGCCGUGCGUACGAAGCACGAGGUCCGCUCAUCGCUUCUCAUGGCUUCAAACGGUGUCAGGACUCAAAAACUCUACUGGCCCCGGAUCCUCGUCUUCUACGCGUAUUCCCUCUGGUUCAUGCAGCUGCCCUCGAUGUUGGCGCUGGCGAAGAAUAAGCGGAAAACGUUGAGGCUGGCUUUUCACGUCCUUGCCCGACUGGAGGCCACCGAGGUGAUCCCGUUGGACCAGGUGUGCUACCGGAUACUCAUCGAGCUGUGCGGACAAUGCGGAGAACCCCAUCUGGCCGUGCUGGUGCUCCACGCGAUGCGCCGCGCCGGGCUUGAGCAGAACGCUGUGACGUACGGCCUCUACCAUCGGGCGGUGAUGAACGCCGAAUGGCCGGCGGCUGGCCGAGUGAAGGCGGAUCUUUUGUGGCGUCGUUUGAGGAUGAUACUCAUCGGGAUGACACACUUCCGGAAUCGCCGCCGAUUCACUGGCGAGCGAAUGGCCGUUGACUCGGCGUCAGUAUCUGACCCGGGCUACCACAGCGAGGCGACGACAACGCCGGUCUCCGUAGCCAUCGACGAAACGCUAAGGGAGGAGGAUGAGGAAGACCGCUUGCGCACAGCCCCCUUCAUCAUCACCUCCACGCCGUUGGACGAAUCACGGAAAAUGUCGGAGAAUCGCGAGGUGAAGACACCAGAGCCGAGCGAAGAGAAGGAAGUGAGAAAUCCGUUGAUGCCCCGCCAUGAGAAUGCCGACCCGCUGGGCGCCCUCCAUCCGGACCGAAAUCAGCAUCACGACCAUGAGAGACAGAAAUCUGCUCCCCCCGACGUUGGAAUGUCGCCAGCCAGGGCCAAGUUUUUGGCCGACCACACCGAGGAGCGCCUGUUCAAGGAGGAGGGCGACAAGAAGCUGGACAAGGAGAAGAAGAGCGGCUGGUUCUCCGGCAUGGGCAAGAACAUCGCCAACAGCCCGUUGAUGAAGAUGAUUCGCAGUCAGACCACCGACCAAUUGGACAAGAAGUCCAUCAAUUCGGACGGGUCGUCGGAUAACGGGACGUCGCUGGGGAAUUUCGUAGCCAGCCCCUCGCUGCAUAACAUUGUCUCGCAAGUCAAAAAGGGAUACGACGAGGUCGUGCGAGAAGGAGGUGAGUGCACGAAGCACGGCAUGAUAAGAAACGGACAGACACACAUCGUCGAGUUUUUUGGGCUUCAUCAACGAUCGGUUGUCUUCCGGCUUGAUCUCAUUGAUGGUCGAUUC